AUCUUGAAUUCAAGAAUUUGGAAAGCUAAAAUCUUAAAAUCGGCAAAAAUAUUGAAUUCAGGAUUCUGGAAAGGUAAGAUCUUGAAAUCGCCCAAAAUCUUGAAUUCAGGAUUUUUGAAAACUAAGAUCUUGAAAUCGGCCGAAAUCUUGAAUUUAAGAUUUUAAAAAGCUAAGAUCUUAAAAUCUCCCAAAAUCUUCAAUUCAGGAUUUUGGAAAGCUAAGAUCUUAAAAUCGGCCAGAAUCUUGAAUUCUGGAUUUUGGAAAGCCAAGAUCUUGAAAUCGAACAAAAUUUUAAAUUCAGGAUCUUGGAAAGUGAAUAUCUUGAAAUCGGCCAAAAUCUUGAAUUCAGGAUUUUGGAAAGCUAAGAUCUUGAAAUCGGCCAAAAUCUUGAAAUCAGGGUUUUGGAAAUGUAAAAUCUUGAUAACAGCCAAAAUCUUGAAUUCAGGAUUUUGGAAAGCUAAGAUCUUAAAAUUGGCCAAAAUCUUGACUUCAGGAUUUUGGAAAGCUAGAAUCUUGAAAUCGGCCAAAAUGUUGAAUUCAGGAUUUUCAAAAGCUAAGAUCUUGAGAUCG